AUGGUUAACUCUGUGUAUAGAGAGUGCUAUGAUGACAGUCACUAUCGACCGGAGUUUGAGGGGUUCAUUGGGAACCGUCCUCUGGAAGAAGUAGAUCCCGAGGUUGUGACGCUCAUCCGGGCCGAGAAACAACGUCAGGCCGGCGGUUUGGAACUGAUAGCCUCCGAGAACUUUACCUCAAGGGCCGUUAUGGAAGCACUUGGAUCAUGUUUCACAAAUAAAUACUCGGAAGGGUAUCCUGGAAAGCGAUACUAUGGUGGCACGGAGGUUGUUGAUGAAUUGGAGCGCCUGGUGCAGCAACGUGCGCUGAGCCUCUUUGGGCUCGACCCACAAGAGUGGGCGGUUAAUGUCCAACCGUACUCUGGGUCGCCGGCCAACUUUGCAGUGUACACCGCGUUACUAAAGCCGCAUGAUCGAAUCAUGGGCCUGGGGUUACCCUCGGGUGGGCACUUGACGCACGGCUUUUACACUGCGAAAGGAAAGCGGAUCUCCGCAACCUCGAUAUACUUCGAGUCCCUUCCGUACCAGGUCCAUCCUCAGACAGGUUAUGUUGACUACGAUCGUCUAGAAGAGCUGGCACUGCUGUACCGCCCUCGACUCAUUAUCUGUGGGGCGUCGGCGUACGCACGCGACUGGGACUAUGCGCGGAUGCGCGAGAUCGCCGACAAGGCCGGCGCGAUGCUCAUGUGCGACAUGGCGCACUACUCGGGUCUCGUCGCUGCAGGGGAGCUCACUUCGCCGUUUCCGUUCUGCGAUGUUGUAACGACAACUACGCACAAGUCGCUGCGCGGGCCAAGACAGGGCAUGAUUUUCUGUCGCCGUCAGUACGAAGCGGAUAUAAAUGAGGCGGUCUUCCCGGGGUGUCAGGGAGGCCCUCACAAUGCAACAAUGGCAGCGCUUGGUGUUGCUUUGAAAGAAGCGAUGACGCCUGAGUUUCGCGCCUAUCAGCAGCAGGUUCGCGCAAAUGCGAAAGCACUCGCCGGGGCAUUGCAGGCCCGGGGCUAUACAAUCGUCACCGGUGGUACGGAUAACCACCUAGUGCUUUGGGACCUGAGGCCAGAGGGCCUCACGGGUAACAAAGUUCAGAAGCUCUGCGAUCAAAUCAACAUAACCCUGAAUAUGAACGCGGUUCCUGGUGAUACGAACGCACUCUCUCCUGGCGGCGUGCGUCUAGGCACGCCUGCGCUCACUAGCCGUGGUUUCAGGGAAAAGGACUUUGAGCAGGUGGCUGAGUUUCUCCACCAGGCCGUCCAACUUUGUCUCAAAAUCCAAAAGGAUUCCGGAAAGAAGCUUGCAGAUUUCGAGCGUGCCCUUGAAGGUCGUCCUGAGCUCGCAACGCUGCGCGACCAAGUGCGGGCCUUUGCCUUGCGGUUUCCAAUGCCCGGCGGGCCGCGUUAA